GCUUGAAACCCCUAACCUAGCAUAGUUUCCACUGUUCUCGACCCUUCACCCAGUCACUCUGCGCUCCUCUGCCUCCUUCUUCUUCCUGUCCUCCGCAGCCGGCAGCCUCCCUCUCUUUCACGGGCCGAACCAGCGCCAAAAUAUCCUUCUUCGCCGCAUGCCGCUGAUUCAAUCUUCGAACCAAAAGCCAUAUCUCGCCACUAGAAAACCGAAGGAGCACACAAAGAAAAUCAAACGAAACUAAGGCCGGAACGCCGCACACGGCUGGCCAUCUGAAAUCUGAAGCUUCAUCUGGCCAUCUCCUCCCUCAUGGCUGCAGCACUGCCCAGCAAGCCAGCACGCCGGACGCCGCACGCCAUCUUGGCAUCUUCCAACAAUCCAGCUUCCAAGUUCUGAAAUCUGAAGCUCCUCCCUCAAACCGAAGAGUCGAGCUUCAUCAGAGCCCUAGCGCGCUCGCGGCGGCCUCAUCAUCGUCCAGAAACUCAGAGCUGUUCAGCUUUCAAGUGCAAAACGCAUCAGGAAUAAUGAGGAAGAAGGUGGAUGAACGUAUCCGAACUCUCAUAGAGAAUGGCGUCAAAACAAGACAUCGUUCCAUGUUCAUCAUCAUUGGCGACAAGUCUCGAGACCAGAUUGUUAAUCUGCAUUUUAUGCUUAGCAAGGCCGUAGUCAAGUCUAGGCCAACUAUUUUGUGGUGCUACAAGGAUAAACUGGAAUUAAGCAGUCACAAGAAAAAACGUGCAAAGCAGAUGAAACGGUUAUUGCAACAAGGAUUGUGGGAUAAUGAGGCAGUCAAUCCUUUUUCACUUUUUGUUGAAAGUGGACAAAUAACAUACUGCUUGUACAAGGAUUCGGAAAGAAUUCUUGGCAAUACCUUUGGUAUGUGCAUACUACAGGAUUUUGAGGCUUUGACACCAAAUCUUCUUGCAAGAACGAUAGAAACCGUGGAGGGUGGCGGGUUAAUUUUAUUGCUCCUUCGUUCUCUUCCCUCGCUCACCCGUUUGUACACCAUGGUUAUGGAUGUUCAUGAGAGGUUCCGUACAGAAUCCCAUUCAGAGGCCACUGGGCGCUUUAAUGAACGUUUCUUACUAUCACUUGCUUCAUGCAAAGCAUGUGUGGUUAUGGAUGAUGAAUUGAAUAUUCUACCAAUUUCGUCCCAUAUGAGGUCAAUUGUCCCAGUUUUAGUUAAAGAGGACUCUGAAGGGCUUUCAGAAGCAGAACGGAGCCUAAAGAAUCUAAAAGAGCAACUAAAUGAUGAUUUUCCUGUUGGUCCUUUGAUUCAGAAGUGUUGUACGUUGGACCAGGGAAAAUCUGUCAUUACAUUUCUGGAUGCAAUUUUGGAUAAGACGCUUAAAAGCACAGUUGCUCUGCUUGCUGCUCGUGGCCGUGGGAAAUCGGCUGCCCUUGGUUUAGCCAUUGCUGGAUCUGUUGCUGCAGGGUACUCAAACAUAUUUGUAACAGCGCCAAGCCCUGAAAACUUAAGGAUUUUGUUUGAAUUUGUGUGCAAGGGACUUAAUGCACUUGAAUACAAGGAGCAUUUAGACUACGAUGUGGUGAAAAGUUCCAAUCCUGAGUUAAAAAAAGCAACUAUUCGUAUUAAUAUCUACAAACAGCAUCGGCAAACUAUACAGUAUAUACAUCCGCAUGAACAUGAAAAGCUCUCUCAGGUAGAAUUGUUGGUUGUUGAUGAAGCAGCAGCCAUUCCAUUGCCAGUUGUGAAGUCCUUGCUUGGUCCUUAUCUGGUUUUCCUUUCAUCCACUGUCAAUGGCUAUGAAGGCACUGGGCGUUCUUUAUCAUUAAAACUUCUGCAACAACUAGAAGAGCAAAGCCUUAUGCCAGCUAAGAAUGCAGAGAGCUCUGUCUCUGGUCGAUCUUUCAAGAAGAUUGAAUUGAGUGAAUCUAUCCGAUAUGCUCCUGGUGACCCAAUUGAAUCUUGGCUUCAUGCUUUGCUUUGCCUGGAUGUUACAACUUUUAUCCCUCACAUCUACAGGUUACCUCCCCCCAGUGAUUGUGAUCUCUACUAUGUGAAUCGGGACACACUGUUCUCCUACCACAAAGACAGUGAGUUAUUUUUGCAGCGAAUAAUGGCCUUAUUUGUUGCUUCUCACUACAAAAAUUCUCCAAAUGAUUUACAAUUAAUGGCUGAUGCUCCAGCACAUCACUUGUUUGUGCUACUCGGCCCUGUGGAUGAAUCAAAAAAUCAACUUCCUGAUAUUUUGUGUGCUAUUCAGGUCUGUCUUGAAGGACAGAUAUCUCGUAAAUCUGCAAUCAAAAGUUUGAGCGAUGGUCAUCAGCCAUUUGGAGACCAAAUACCAUGGAAAUUUUGUGAGCAGUUUCGAGACACUGUUUUUCCAAGUCUUUCAGGUGCUCGCAUAGUACGCAUUGCCACCCAUCCAAGUGCUAUGAGGCUUGGGUAUGGUUCAACUGCGGUGGAACUUUUAACAAGGUACUAUGAAGGACAGCUGACUCCAAUAUCUGAAAUAGAUGUUGAAAGUUCUGUGAAUACAGCUCGUGUCAACAUAACAGAAGCUGCGGAAAAGGUUUCAUUGCUAGAAGAGAACAUUAAACCUAGAACAGACCUUCCACAUCUGCUUGUACAUCUUCGGGAACGACAACCCGAAAAACUCCGUUAUAUUGGUGUCUCAUUUGGGCUUACCCUUGAUCUUUUUCGCUUUUGGAGGAAACAAAAAUUUGCUCCUUUCUACAUCAGCCAGAUCUCAAAUACUGUAACAGGCGAACACACAUGUAUGGUCCUGAAACCAUUAAACAGUGAUGAUAUUGAAGUUACUGGAUCAGAUCAAUGGGGCUUCUUUGGUCCAUUUUACCAAGAAUUCAGACACAGGUUUCUUAACUUAUUGAUGUCUAGUUUCUGUCGUUUGGAAUAUAAGCUAGCAAUGAGCAUCUUGGAUCCAAAGAUCAACUUCAUGGACUCAGAAUCUACAUUGUCUGCCUCAAAUGGACUUCUGACACUGCUUAAUAAAAUUUUACCACCACGUUUUCUGGAACGAUUAGAAGCUUAUGCCAACAACCUUGCAGAUUUUCUCUCGAUUCGGGACUUUGAAUUGCAUCUGGCAUAUCAAUAUUUUCGGGAGGGGCUUCCAGUCACUUUAUCAUAUGCUCAGGCUUCUGUUUUGCUCUGUAUUUGUGUGCAGCAUAAAGAUCUAUCUUUUAUUGAGGGAGAGAUGAAGUUGGAAAGGCAGCAGAUUCUAUCACUGUUCAUAAAAGUUAUGAAGAAGUUCCACAAGUACCUAUAUGGUAUUGCAUCAAAGGAAAUUGAGUCAACCUUACCCCAGCUGAAAGAAAUUGUGUUGAAACCUCACAGCAUUUCCAUGGAGGAUGAUCUCAAUGAUGCUGCAAAGCAAGUUCAGGAUGAGAUGAAAGCUAAGAUGGAUGGUGUGUUGAAUCCCGAAUUUCUCCAACAAUACACCAUUGUGGGAAAUGAAGCAGAUUUUGAGAACGCUUUGCAAAAUGUUGGUGGGAAGAUAUCCUCCGGCAGUCUCAUUAGUGUGAAAUCCAUUAGGAAAAAUAAGGUGGACAAAGCCAAAAAACAAAAAGAAUAUCACAAUAGUGGGAAAAGAAGCAAAGAUGAGCGUGACUCUAAAUCAAGCAAAAAGAGUAAGUCUUAAAUCUGCGCGUAUUGAGGCAAGCGGUCAUGGGAGGGCAUGCGUUUUUGUGAGCAGUGGCGGCCAGACCGAGAGAGAAUAGGAUGCCUUGUAGUUCCGGUAUUGUAAUUAUUUGCAGUCCUCGUUCCCCUAUUAUUGGUGGAUGAUGGGGUUGCACAAUUUUGACUCUGUUCCUGGCUAUAGCAAUUCUUGUUGGUAAUUGUUGAUGAUUUUUUUUUCCCCCCUAAAAAAUAGUCUUACGAUUUGUUGGUGAAAAUUCGCUGGGCCGGUGAUGGCGACUGUCUGUAACUGCCGCUGUUUCAGGACCGUUCAUGGUUUCUCUCCUCGUGCAUGCAUUGGGUUGUGCACGGAAUCCAUUGUAUAGUUUUAUUUUUAUUUCAUUUGAAUUGUAUAUAUAUUUUCUUGUUUAUUUCAUUUGCUUCCUAUUUCAUUUCAUUUUUGAACAUCAAACAUUAUGUAAGAUUUUUAUUAGUAAUAUUGUUAUUCUGCCUUUUGCUUUGGAAACUA